GCAGCAGGCAGAGCCAGCAGAGCAGCAAGUGCAGCCUCGCUGGGAGGAGCGGAGAGAGGAGAGGAGCACCAGCCGCCUCUGGACCACCGCACUGAUGAAGGCACCGUCUCGGUUCUCCCUCACGCACCGCUCCGCUUAACUGCCGUGACACCUCAAACAUCCCCCCGCUCUCCUUCCUCCCCGCUCCGCCGGGUCCACCGCACCGCCCGGGUCUCCGUCCCGCUGGUCCUGGUUCCCCCGGAGCUGAUGGAGGCAGCGGCCGAGGGAGCGGUCGGGCUGGAGGCCGACGGCAGCCCGCCGCCCGGGGCCGCGGCGGCCGAGGACGCCGAGGACACGCUGGUGGGGGUCGGCUACGGGAUGGACCCAUCAGAGAUGGAUGCGGCUGGUAAGAAAGCCUUCAUCACAGAGAUGCCGUCGUCCUCAGGACAGCCUGGCCAGGGGAAGAAGAUCGGCCACAGAGGGGUGGAUGCAUCAGGGGAAACUACUUAUAAGAAGACCACAUCGUCAGCCUUGAAAGGUGCCAUCCAGCUGGGAAUCGGUUACACAGUGGGAAACCUGAGCUCCAAGCCUGAGCGAGACGUGUUGAUGCAGGAUUUCUACGUGGUAGAGAGCAUCUUUUUCCCAAGUGAAGGAAGCAACCUCACUCCAGCCCAUCAUUUCCCAGACUUCCGCUUUAAAACAUACGCUCCUGUGGCCUUCCGCUACUUCAGAGAACUGUUUGGCAUCAGGCCAGAUGACUAUCUGUACUCCCUAUGUAACGAGCCCCUGAUCGAGCUGUCCAACCCCGGAGCGAGUGGUUCAGUCUUCUAUGUGACCAAGGAUGACGAGUUUAUCAUCAAGACAGUGAUGCACAAGGAGGCCGAGUUCUUGCAGAAACUGCUACCUGGGUACUACAUGAACUUGAACCAGAACCCUCGCACCUUGUUGCCCAAGUUCUUCGGCCUCUACUGCGUCCAGUCCGGUGGCAAGAACAUCCGUAUGGUGGUGAUGAACAACGUCCUGCCCCGCGUGGUCCGUAUGCACCUGAAAUAUGACCUGAAGGGUUCCACUUACAAGAGGCGAGCGUCCAAGAAGGAGCGGGAGAAGGCCAGGCCCACCUUCAAGGACCUGGACUUCAUGCAGGAUAUCCAAGAUGGACUUAUGCUGGACCUGGACACCUACAACGCUCUGGUGAAGACUCUACAGAGAGACUGCCUGGUACUGGAGAGCUUCAAGAUCAUGGACUACAGCUUGCUGCUCGGGGUCCACAACAUGGACCAAGCUGAGAGGGAGAGGCAGAUGGAAGGCUCCCAGGGCGACAGCGAUGAGAAGAGGCCCGUGACCCAGCAGAAGGCCCUGUACUCCACCGCCAUGGAGUCCAUCCAGGGCGGGGCCGCCUGCGGAGGCUCCAUUGACACUGACGACACGAUGGGAGGUAUUCCAGCCAUUAAUGGGAAAGGGGAAAGACUUCUUCUCUACAUCGGAAUCAUCGACAUCUUGCAAUCCUACAGGUUAAUCAAGAAACUGGAGCACACGUGGAAGGCUUUGGUGCAUGACGGGGACACCGUGUCAGUCCACCGGCCAGGUUUCUAUGCCGACAGGUUCUUCAAGUUCAUGAGCAACACCGUUUUCAAGAAGAGCUCCUCCUUGAAGUCUUCUCCUUCCAAGAAGGGCCGCGUGUCCUUGUCAGUGCCUAAGUGUGCUGGUCCUGGUGCGGCCUGGUCAGCCAGCCAGCUUCCCUCUGAGAGAGACGAAAAUAUCUACGACCUGAGAGGAGCUCGCAGCUUCCCCACUCUGGAGGAUGAGGGGAGACCAGAUCUGCUUCCGUGUACUCCUCCAUCAUUUGAGGAAGCCACCACAGCAUCGAUUGCCACCACUCUCUCUUCCACCACCUCUUUGUCCAUCCCCGAGAGAUCUCCCUCUGACACCACCGAGCAUCCCCGCUACAGGAGGCACACCCAGUCUCUCAGCCACGACGGAAGGACUCACGAGGAGCUGCGUGUACGUGAGGAGGAUCAGCAGACCAUCACGGUGGAGGUGGAGUUAAAGAAACACGACAGCGAGCCCAGCAUCUCUGUUCCACAGCCUUCAGCUCAGCCCAGCGAUUUUAAGGAGGAAGCUGGCACAGCUGACUCUUUGUCAGCACCUGAGGCAGCUUCAUCCUCCUCCUCCUCCUCGCCUGCCCCGGCUGCUCCCUCCCCCCCGGGCCCAGCGGAGGAGCCGUCCGGUCCCAGGGUGGUGGUGGUGGAGGCCGACAGGGCCAGCCAGGUGUCCGGCUCCGGCUGCAACAGCCAGGCUUCAGUCGACGACGACGAUGACGUGCCAAUCACAGAUAUCUACUUCUUUCCUGACGGGAGGACCUGGGUGGUCUCUCCCUUCCGACAGCGGAGGAAAUGCCAGUCCCGUUGGCCACCUCCAGAGGACAGGACCUGGGUGUACUCUCCGCUACACUAUGGCUCAGAGUCUAAGGCCCUGCAGGAUGGGGAUUGGGAAAGAGAGACAUAAAACCCUGUUCUCUGGCAGAGAGGAGUGAACAUCUCAGUGGAAAGGACUCACCCGUCUGAAGUCCAGACCUCAACGGUAGCAGCACGAUCUCUGUCUGAACCAGGAUUUUCAACAUGCAUCCAGAAACAUACUGAGAGGAAAGAUGUGACUUGAGCACCUGAGGAGGCGGGAGGCUGGGAAUCCUGAGAGUGACGACACCACCGAUUUCCAACUAUCCCUGCCUUUCAGCCUUGACAAAUGAAAUUUAUUAUAUCGAUUUAAUAAUUAUGUAUGUGUACGUGUGACAUAGUCUGUAGAAGGCUGUAGUCGUAACUGUUUGACAUACAUGAAACACACUGGGAACUUCCUGUCGGUCCUGCAUCCCACCAACGAAGCGCUCCGACGGACUUCCCGUCGGCUCUCUCACUGAAUCUGCUCACAGCUGUGACGUGAGGGGCGCUCCACGCUCUCGUAGUUCUGUCAUUUUGGCUUUUAUUUUUGAUAUAUGUGCUGCUUCACAAAUAAACAGGAGGUUUUUACUCGUAAAACAUUUGCCAACUAGAUCGCUUGUACACUUUGAAGCCUGUGUUGUUCACAUCCAUGAGAACCGGCGAGCUUCCUUUGCUCAGUCCCUGCGAUGUGUUAUAGCACCAGAGUUGAGGAGUCUCUAUUUCUCUCUGCUUUUUCACUUUUGCCAAGAUCAACACUGUGGAUGAUCAUGUUCUGCAUAUUAAUUUGGCAUGGGGAUUUAUUUUUUAUUUUCCCGCCACAUCGGCUUCCUUCCGCCUUUAUCCAGGCUGGACAAACAACGUGGGGCUCAGCGUCUCCCCCAGGGACACGCUGGCACGCACCAAGGCCGGGGAUCCCACUGCUACACGCUACUUCACAAAUGGAAAUUAGCUACAUAACAUUGACAGACUAAUUGGAAUAACUGCAUUACGUAAAACAUGUAUAACAAAGUAACUAAUAAUCUGGAAAACUAAAAUAUUUACCAAGUGAGCCAUAUAGUAGCUAUGCUCCUGGUUCAAAAAGCUACAUAUUGUCUUGUCAUUUCUCAUCCAGAGAGUUUCAUGUCCACCCUUGUUUCCCGUCUUUGAGUCCUCUUACGUCUGCAUAGACCUGGGAAACGGGACCUCCUGAACCGCUGGUGCUCAGCAUAGCUCCCCACGCGUCACAGCUGUGGUCGAAAUGUGCACGUGAACUGAACCCGAUGCUGCUGAGCGCAGAGGCGCAUGUGCAGGUUUCCGAGCGUUCGGUGAGAAGAACCUGCAGCUCUGCCUGCCCUCCCAGGACAGGAGUUACCGUGAAAACUACCAUUGAGCCAUUGAGGGAGAAUAUGCAGCUUAGUUUACGAAAGAACGAGAAUCUGCUUUAGUAACGGGUGAAGUUAGGGGUUGUUAAGUUUAGUAAUUUAGUAAUUUAUGACUCAAACGUUUUUGCUACGUUUUUAUUCAACACUUUUCUUUUCUGUUUACUGUAUAUUUUGUUUUAAAAUUCACUAUUAUCAGCACUUUUUCACUCUGAUAAGAUUUCUUUUCUAUUCGCAUUCCAAAGAGCUUCUUUUGGGGGGGGGGGGGGUGCAGUCUUUACUCCAACAAAUUUCUUAUUUUUUGUGUCUUGAGGUCUUUAAGCAUCAAGUGUUUAAGUAAACGCAGUGUUACCACAUUUUUCACCACACCCCAGUUUGAAACAGUUGACGAUUUGACUUUUGUCUCCAAAACAGACGUCCCUGACAACACAGAGGCUAAGAUAUUGUAGUAAAUGUUCACUACGUGGCAGUGUCUCCCAGUGUUACCCUUUUUUUUUGGACACAUGCACAUUAAUUCCACUUCAGUUAAAAACAAUGACAUUUUAUAUCCAAGAGCCGCUCCCCUCACGAUAAGGAUCCAUCGAGUGGACGAUUCAUCCGUUGGUAGAUGUAGAGCAUCAGUUGUUGUAUUUGCAGUUAAUAUUGUACUCGGCAGUGUGUGGAUGGUUGAAUGGUGUUUGCACUUACGAAGACGAUCUGAAGACGAUCUAAUGAUAGAGGCCAAAUAAACUUCAUCAUAUCCAGAAGUCAUAUUUUUUGUCUUGAGAAGAGUUUCUGCACACAUGCUGAUACUUACACAUUUUUUUCAGGAUUGUGUAUUGAUUAAGCAGCUUGCGUUUGUGUGCGCGUGUGUGUGCGUGUGUGUGUGUGUGUGUGAGUGAGCUGUCAGCUGCAGUCUAUACGUAGGGUUAGUGUUUCCUCUAAUCUGUGGCUCACAUCUUAGGACUUAAAGUUCAGUGGACUUCUGAAAUCUAACUUGAGGGCGACUUCCUUCUGUGUGUUGUUAUGUUUCCGUGUGUGUGUGUGUGAGAGAGAGAGAGAAAGAACAUUGUCAAACAUUGUAAGAUAGGACUCAGUCUGUCAUGACGUGCUGUGGCCAGUUGUAAUCAGUUUGCUGUUGUUCACCAGAGAAAGACCAUAGCAGCAAUAUUUUGUACAGUUGAUCAUUUGACUUCAUUUUAAUCGCCUUAUUGAUACAAAUUUCACAUGUCGGGUCUACUGUUUAUAUAUUUUGUUUUUCACUUGUGUUUUUGUAUUUAUUUUUUUUCCUCAUAGUUGUGAUCCUGAGAAUGUGUACAUAAAUCUAUAAAUACAUAUAUAAAGAUAUACAAAUAUAUUUUCCAUUUGAAUUGGAGAAUAUUAUUUUUAUUUGGUUUUAUUUUUGCUGCUGGGGGAGGAAUGACUGCAAUCUACAUAGUUUACCUGUAUCAUAUUCCUCAGUGUGUCUAUUGAGAUGCAGCUGCUGUAUAUUUACGGUCUACAAAUGGUGGCUGUUUCUUUGAGAUAUCAACAACUGAAGGAUUCGUGGGUUUUACUUUACAUGCAACUCAAUAGGGGUUCUUCCAAGUGUUCAGCUGUGUCGUGUCUGUGUUUCCAAAUCGCUGUGUGCCCUCAUCCAUUAGGGAGAGUCCGUUACAGAGACAUAGCAUGAUUUCAAAAUGAAUAUGCAUAUCAGAAAAGUGUAUUUAUGUAUAUCUGUGUAUAUUCAUCUAUUUAUACGUGAGGAUAAAUAGAUGGCUGUGUGCGUGCGUGUGCGUGUGUGUGUUUGGAAUGAAUACAAAAUAAAGCAGUUCUAUGAAUUGUUGUC